AUGACUGUCCACAAAACACAUGGACAACAGUGUCCAAAUGGAUAUCACCAACAUGAACAGUCCUGUUACGCUAUCGUAACUUUCAUAGCCAACUGGAAUGACGCCGAGACAAUGUGUCAGGCAGCUGGUAGUCACCUGGCUUCUGUUGAAACAGACGCAGAACGACUUUAUCUAAACCAAUAUAUUAACUUUUUACACGGAAGUAAGUACAGAUAUUACUGGAUUGGUUCAUUCGACUUUAUUGAUGGUACCUACAUGUGGGUUGGAACCCAGAAUACAUUAGGCCAGAUUCCUUGGUAUCCUGGAGAACCAUCAAAACGACCUGGUGAACAUUGUCUAAUGAUGGUCCAGGAUAAUCACUCUCUGUUUGGGGAUUUCGAAUGUAAUACAGAGCAAGCAUUUGUCUGUGAAGUCGGGUUAAACUCGCCAGUUGUAGGCCAAUAACAACAAGAAUUG